GGGGGCGGGGCCUGUCGGGGCGGGCCGGGCCGGGCCGGCAGAGCCGCGGGCGCGCAGCAGCCGCCGCCGCCGCCAUGGGCUGCACCGUGAGCGCCGAGGACAAGGCGGCCGCCGAGCGCUCUCGCAUGAUCGACAAGAACCUGCGGGAGGAUGGCGAGAAGGCGGCGCGGGAGGUGAAACUGCUGCUGCUGGGUGCUGGCGAAUCUGGGAAGAGCACCAUCGUCAAACAGAUGAAGAUCAUCCAUGAGGAUGGCUAUUCAGAGGAGGAGUGCCGGCAGUACAAAGCCGUGGUCUACAGCAACACCAUCCAAUCCAUUAUGGCGAUCAUCAAGGCGAUGGGGAACCUGCAGAUUGACUUUGGAGACUCCUCCAGAGCGGAUGAUGCUCGGCAGCUGUUUGCACUCUCCUCCACUGCUGAGGAGCAGGGCAUCAUGCCUGAGGACCUGGCCAACGUCAUCCGGAGACUGUGGGCUGACAACGGGGUCCAGGCUUGUUUCAACCGCUCCCGAGAGUACCAGCUGAACGACUCUGCUGCCUACUACCUGAACGACCUGGAGAGGAUAGCCCGUGCCGACUACAUCCCCACCCAGCAGGAUGUGCUGCGCACCAGGGUGAAGACCACGGGCAUCGUAGAGACUCACUUCACCUUUAAGGACCUGCACUUCAAGAUGUUUGAUGUGGGUGGCCAGCGCUCGGAGCGGAAGAAGUGGAUCCACUGCUUCGAGGGGGUGACAGCCAUCAUUUUCUGUGUGGCCCUCAGUGCCUAUGACCUGGUGCUGGCUGAAGAUGAGGAGAUGAACCGGAUGCAUGAGAGCAUGAAGCUGUUUGACAGCAUCUGCAAUAACAAGUGGUUCACAGACACAUCCAUCAUCCUCUUCCUCAACAAGAAGGACCUCUUUGAGGAGAAGAUCGUGCACAGCUCCCUCACCAUCUGCUUCCCUGAGUACACAGGGGCCAACAAGUAUGAUGAGGCAGCCAGCUACAUCCAGAGCAAGUUCGAGGACCUGAACAAGCGAAAGGACACCAAGGAGAUCUACACCCACUUCACCUGUGCCACGGACACCAAGAACGUGCAGUUUGUCUUUGAUGCCGUCACCGACGUCAUCAUCAAAAACAACCUGAAGGACUGUGGCCUCUUCUGAGGGCGGCGCUGCCCAGGAGCUGCAAAGGAAGGACCACACCAUCUCCCACUCCUGCUUCUCUUCAGAUUCAUUCCUCCGCCCACCACAUAAAGAGACUUUUUGAGUGUCAGCAUGGUGGCAGGGCCCACGUACCCCCUGCUGGCCGUGUUUGCCCCCCACCAUUGUCCUCCUCCUCGCCGGCGUUGCCCUUCCAGGGAAGACAAGGUUUUAGUCUUGAUUUGUACCCCUCAGCCGCUCCAGCCCCCAUUUCAUUCACUCCGAGCCCUGGCGCUCUCACUGUUUACAUUGCAAGUGUUGCUGGCACGGGGGGCACAGGGUCCCCUCGGGGAUGCCCACCCAGCCACAAACACGACCGAUGACAUUCCUUUUAGUAAACCAGAAAAGAAAGAAGAAAGAAAAAAAGGAAAAAAAAAAAAAAAAAAAAAGAAAAAACACCAAAACCAAACCCAAAACCAUGCAAAAAAAAACCACACCACACCGGUUGGGCGCAGGUUACUUUUUGAAGAAACCUUUUUACCAAACUAUUUAAAAGCAUCAAGUGCUACGUGGUGGUGGCAUCCUCCGUGGCCAGCCCACCCCCCAACCGUGUGCCUUUGGGGGGGAGGGUUUGCACCCCACCCCGCCUUGCUGCCCCCCUCCUGCUGGGCAGCUCAGGCAGGAGGGUGGGCAGGGGGUGCUGCCCACUGCCUCUAUCCCCCCCCUCUUUCUAAGCCUAGUUUUUAGGGCUAGCUGUUGCGUUGGGCGAGGAGAGCCCGCUGUACAGAGCGGCCCCCGCUGUCCCCCCAGCCCAGGGGGACCCUUCAGCCGGUGCCUGCGGCCUCGCUUUUCCCACAGGAUGUUUUACCGAAUCGUUCACGUGAUUUGAAAUAAUAAAAUGUAGAAAGGAAAAAAAAAAA